AUGAAAAUUGAUUCAGAGGGUCUCUGGGGACUUGUCAAUAAUGCCGGGAUUAUAGGGCCAUCAGUUCCUACAGACUGGUUGGAUAGACCAAUUGAAGUUAAUUUAAUUGGACUCAUAAAUGUUACAAUACAUAUGCUUCUCUUGAUAAGAAAAGCAAAUGGGAGGAUAGUAAAUGUAUUCAGUGUUGGAGGUCACCUAGCAUUCAGUGGUGGAGACUAUUUUCCUACAAAGUUUGGGGUAGAAGGAUUUAAUGACAGCUUAAGAAGGGAUAUGAAAGCUUUUGGAGAUAAGGUUUGUUGCAUUCAACCUGGACUGUUCAAAACACCAUUAUCCAAUCCAGCAAAGAUUAUGAAAGAGAAGGAGCUCAUUUGGAAUAAGCUCCCUCUUGACAUUAAAAAGCAAUAUGGAGAGGGGUAUUUUCAGAAAGAUGCAUCCAAGAAACAGAAACUGGCCAAGAUUUGUUUUAACAAGGACAUUUCACCAGGAAUUCAGUGCAUGGAGCAUGCCCUAACAAGCCUCCAUCCACAUGCCCACUAUGUUGUUGGGCAGGAUGCUAAGUUGUUUUGGAACCCCCUCUCAAGAAUGCUAGCAGUUAUACAAGUACUGCUGUGGAACAGAGUAGAGAUUGCAGCUUCCCAUGCAAAGUAAAUAUUUGCCA